AUGAGCAAGGUGGAGGAUUAUACCUUGACCAAUCAAGAACUCAUCAUGCCUUUCUCCAACAAUGAUAACCUUUUGGAUCAACAGCCACACCUCCAAACCGUGCAGACCUUCACUCAUUCUGAGGCUUACCAUAAUCCUAUCACACAGAUUCCAUCACCCUCUGUCUACAAUACCAAAUAUGAUCCUUCUCCUCCUUCAUCAUCUGGCUGCGCUCAAAAGAGUAAGAAUCUGGUUGGAAGCAAAAGGAAGAGAAACAAUGAUAGGCUUAAAGAGAAAGGAGAUGAAGUUAUCCACGUAAGGGCAAAGAGAGGCCAAGCAACUGAUAGCCACAGUUUAGCAGAAAGGGUGAGAAGAGAAAAAAUCAAUGAGAAGAUGAGAUAUUUGCAGGAGUUGGUUCCAGGGUGCUAUAAGUCAAUGGGAAUGGCAGUAAUGUUGGACGUGAUAAUAGAUUAUGUUCAAUCUCUACAGCACCAAAUUGAGUUUCUAUCCAUGAAGCUUUCGGCAGCUAGUAUGUAUUCUGAUUUCAGCACCACUGAGAUAGAUGUCACUGAAAUCAUGCAGAGGAAUGUACAAGAGAUGAAAGGGAAUGCAGGAGAAGGUUAUGACGGGAUCUGCUACUUCAACCCAAUAUGGCCACUUUACUGA